AUGCUCCCCGUGCUGGCCACCGACGACCGCGACGCGCGAAGCUUGGCCAUCACGAACGUCGUGCUCACGCCGUGCUGCCGCGGCUGUCGACGCUUUGAGGCGUUCCUCAAGUCGCCAACCGACAGCGAGUGGCACAUCGAGUGGUACGAGGACUCGAGACGCACGUGGUGCGCAACCCUGGAAGCGUUUGCUGCGCACCUUCCGAUGCGGCUCGAGGUUGCGAUCACGUCGCAUGCUAUUUACCCAAACGUGUGCGUGGCGACGUUUCGUAAGCGACUCGACAACCGUGACGAUGACCCCGAGGAGGUGCGUCCCGGGCACCGCGCGCGCACGCUGGCCAAGAUUGCUCGGCUUCGCGAGUACCUCGGCGAGCAGAACAAGCACACCUCGGACGACGAUGGCGCCGAUAAAGACGGGCCGCCGACCAAGCGCGUGAAGCCGUCAGAGAGCUGCUAG